AUGUGUUUGUCCUUUGAGGGCUAUGUCAGCUGCCAGGCGGAUGUGGAUGUCCCCACGCUGGUCUACGAGGCAAAGACCUGGUGGGCAGAUGAAGAGAUGCCAUCCGAAACUGGCCACCAGGCUGAGGUGGAGGUGCGAAAUGAAGCUCAGAAAGAGCUUGAAGAAGAGCUAGAAGCAACUCAAGUGGAGACGGUCGAGGCUCCGACGCAGCAGAGCGAGGCCACGACGCAGAUGGAUGAGGUGCCAGAGACCCUGUCCGAGAACCGCAGUGAGGGCGAAGGCCCGACUCUUGUGGUGCUACCGCACGAGGACAUUGAGCCAACCCUGAAGACCUACACCCUGGAGACACUUGACCUGGGUCAAGGUGGCCAAGGUCCCGAGCUGCCAACCCUGGCUUUGGAGCCGCGGUGCGAUGUGCUGGACACAGACGAGAGUUUCCCGUCCACCUUGCCGGACGAGUCGCGAAGCCCUUGCCGUUCGCCGGACGAGUCGCGAAGCGGCCAGGCUCGGUCGCCGGCGCCCGGCUCCACACGUGAAGCGCACUCGCCUCCCUCGUUGUUUGGAAUUGCGACCAUGCUUCUGGGCCUCAAUGGGAGCGAAUCCUGA